AUGUGGCACCAUUUUGCAUCUAGCCCAACGUCAACUACCACUACCCAGUCCAUCUGGCCUAUCAAGCUGAGGGUUGCUGGGAUACCUACGCAGACGGGACUAGAAAUGCGCGAGGUCAACAUUGAUUUGUACUCACCCAACUGGGUGGUGUUCCAACCCAACACGGUGAUUGAUGCCCGGCUGGGAUGUCUGUGGCAUGUCCAUCUCAGACUGGAGCCACUGGUCACAAUGAUCCCAGACAAGUGCCGUCUGAUCGACUUCCUACUUUUGAGGAAGGAGAGCAAAAAGGUGAUCUUGUUUGUUUGCAAGCAAGUCUUAUUGCCGGGGCAACAGUGUAGCCUAGCGAUUAUUGCUCGGAUGUUUGACAAGCUCAACCAGGUCUAUCGCAACUUCCUUGAAGACGAACAGUUGGCAGCCCAGAACCCUGAAGGCGGUGGAACUCCUAAAGCAGCCGCAGCUAGACCCCCAAUCAUCAGAAAGAUUGUCAUCGACCAAUCGGACAUGUACACGCAUGUAUUGACACCCGUUGCUGAACGCAAAGACAUCAAGUAUAAGUUUGUUGUAGCAGUGCUGGUGGAAUACAUCAGGUCACUCAACCAUUAUCAAAUCCCUGUUCAGCAUUUCCUGUACGAGUUGGUCAUCAAUACCUUGGUCCAUCACAACUGUUUCUAUCAACUGCAUCAAUUCCUGCAAUAUCACGUCUUAAGUGACUCUAAGCCCAUUGCUUGCCUACUGCUGUCAUUAGAGAGCUGUUACCCACCGGCACAUCAACUAGCACUGGAUAUGCUCAAGAGGGUGUCAACAGCAAACGAAGAGAUAGUUGAAGUGCUUCUGUCUAAAAACCAGCUGCUUGCCGCACUGAGGUUUCUCCGUAGUGUCGGGGGUGCCGAUAGUGCCUCAGCUAGGAAGUUCCUUGAUGCCGCGCUGAACACAGCAGACAGCAUGCUCUUCUACACAGUCUUCAAGUUCUUUGAGCAGAGGAACAUCAAACUCAGGGGAUAUCCUCAGUUUAUGCCAGGUGAACAUUGUGAGAAGUAUGUGAAACAUUUUGAGGCGACGUUUGGUAUCGAGUCACUUGCCCCUUUACCUUAACAUCUACCGUGCUUCUGUGGACUAUUUCCCAUCAAGCAACCAUCUUGGACUUGUACCCUGAUAAUGUGUUGUUUGCAAUAUGUUAAGUUUUAACAUGGCACCAGGCGCCAGACUGUUUAGGAGCCUAGCUUUUACAUGUACGGCCACGUCUAUUGUCAGCGUACUUCCAGGUAAUUUGUAAAUUAUGUCAAAGUCUCAAAGACCUUCUGGUAGACACUGACCCUGGAAAAUAUAUUUCCCAAGAACUAACGUCUUGGGAAUUCAUAGGAAUUGGAGCAAGGCCGUUUCAUGUACAUUUUGUAAAUGAGACUGUUGGUGUAAAUAUUAAUAUUGUUGAACAAAAUGGCGACUUUCAAUUUGAUACUGGUAGUCGUACGCGAGUAUCACUGCGUUGCAUAUCUAAUUAGUGAUUCUUGAUCACCAAAAUUCACAAUGGAAUUUCUACGCGUAGCGCAUAUAUUUAUUUUAAUGUGACUGACGCGCCUGACUGACUUUAAACCAUAUCCUGAUUGCUGAUUGCUUUCCUAGAAAAGCUUUGGAAGAAAAUAAAGAAAACUUAAGACCACUACUACAAAAUUUGCAAGACGUUAGUGAGAGUCUAAUUAUUGUGUCGUUAGACGGCGCACUAUGCACGAUCACAAGCAUUUUGAACCAAGACUACUGAAGGCAUCCAAAAAUAAUCACAAAAAGUUUGGGGUUUGGUAAAACUUACAAACAUACAAGCUAGACAUUUAUACACCUAGGAGCGAUUGUUAUGAGAGUACAUGGGAAAAUUGUACACGUGUAUAUUUGAUGUAAAUACAAGUAGAUUAAAAUUAUUCCGUAAAAUUAUGGAGAAUUGAAAAUUGAAUUUGAGAGAAAACCCAGGUGCUUGACAUGUAGGAGGAUGAAAUUUGUCAGACGAGACGUACAAGUUAUAAAAGUUUAUUUGUUCAUGUCUCUGAGCCAGCCAGUAAUCAUUUUCACUGUGAACAGAUUGUAAAAAUUGAAACGCCAGCCUUGUGUAUAAAAUAAUCUUCUAAUCAUGACUCAAUAAACGGUACCCCCAUAUAAUAUUAGUUUCUUUUAUUAUUUGCAGACCAAUGUUCAAAUGAACUGGACGGAAUAAAAGGCAUUUGUAUGUUGAUCCACUGUAGAGACCAUUUCUCAGAUAUUUACAGUAUAUGAAAGAGAUGCAUCCUGUCGUCCUCAAAUUGCUUUAAACUUUCAGGGAGGAUGCCUACAGAACCAUAAAACACAUUCAUAUAUUUUUCAAUUUAGCUGAAAAAACAAAUCACUUGAAACGUACAGGGGAUGCCUAGUUCUUUUAUGUAAAAUUGUUCAAGCAAGUGAUUUUUGAAAACUAUUAUUGGAAAAUUAACACAUUUGUAAUGAUAAAGCCAAACCAGAAA